AUGGCCCUGAUUGAGGCUUCUGUGUUUCCUCCUUUUCCGAGCCCCCUUCCUUUCUCGAAUGUUCAGGCUCCUCUCCCGCCCGCAGGGUGGGAAGAGCUAUUCCCUGAGGUUCACCACCAAGUGCUGGUGAAUGGCUUGGACAAGAAUGAGCAAGACGAGCCUAUCGUAUCUGAGGUGGAGCUCUUCGGUCUGUUUGAUGGUGCGCUGGGUGGUCAGGACUUUCUCGACUUGGAGGCCCCUUUGGAAUCUUUCGCUAAGGAACCUGAGCUUGGUCAGAUUCGGUCUUCCCCACUGCCACAAGUCCAACCAGUUAUCCAACUAUCGAGCCCCGACACAUUAGGUCUCUCAUCCCAGACUGUGUCUGUAUCCCCGAAGACCGUGACGUCCAACCCCUUAUCAGAAUCGCCCAAGACUGUCGCCUCCAAGACACUGUCACCCGUUGAGAGUCCUACGACCACAGCCACCCAGCAAAUUCAGUUUCUUCAGUACAAUCCUGCCAGGCCCACAAAGAGGAUCCCAAAGGCAUCCCGUCCUCACAAUGGGAGACCUCCGACCACAGAGAGAAAGCCACGUUCUGUGACCAAAAGAAAGAACGUGCUGCUGGAGAAUGAAGCUUCCGUGAUAUCGAAGAAGAAAGACGCAAGUGGUAAACUGCAGUCAGUCGUGGAGGUCUGGGGGAAGCAUCAAACGGUGCGCAAGGAAGCCAGCGAGGAAGAGAAACAGAACACUCGAUACAAUCGGGAGCAUGGUGCCUGCGAAAAGUGUAGGAAACAAAAGCUCAAGUGUGUCCAAAUGGAACUGCAAUACACACCAUGCGCAAGAUGCCUAAAGUUGUACCUGAAUGACCUCAAGAGGAUGCAGAAUGGAGGCCCUUUCAAGGUUCAGCCCUGUGUCAGAAUCGAGAUCCUUGGCCUUCCUCUGCACCGAAAGGGUCCGACAAAAUAUUCAGAACUCGAUACCUGGCUUCCUCAGAAACAGGCCCAGCUGGAAUGGCACACUUUUGACAACACCACUCGAGUGUUAAAACUUACUCAAGGUUUCGGGGAGGGAAUGGAUAAUGCACUGCGUCUCCGGGUGUCCAGAUUCAAGCCUGGACCAGGAGACCGCACUGCGUACUUCUGGACUGACGAGAAGACCGGGCUAUUGCGUUCCAUGGAGAUGCCGCCCUACUUCAUCAGCGACAUGGAUGCCGCCAAAGCCAGUGUUGUCGAGUUUCUUCGCAAUGCUCGCUCCGUCUACAUAGACACCCUACUCGGUGAUGCCAGCCCGAUAACUCGCAAGACGUUUGAGUCUGCUUUGAGAUUCUCAGCUUUUGGUCAGAGCAAACUGGUAUCUCUUGCCCUCGACACCUGGGUUGCCGCACGGUUCAUUGAAAGUCACUGGCGUGUCUUCGAGGGUGGUGAGGAAAUCGGGGCUCAUCCCACCGCCGAGGCCGGCCAUCCUUACGACGGCUUCAUCCCAGUAACACCAAUCAUGGAUACGCAGCUCGACAACUUGGUAAUUGCAGAUCUGCUAGCGCCGAUGAGAGAAGAGCUUCUCAAGCGGCUCAAGGCAAAGAUUGACGAGAAGAAGCGCUCCAACUGGCUGGAGAUUUACCUCACGCUUUUUGUGAUAAUGUCCAACACCGGUUGGAUCAUCAAAGACAUGAUUGCCAUGACCACGUGGAAGGGCCUCAAGAUGGGCAAUCGUGGGGGACAACUGACAAGAGGGUACAUUCACGCCUCCAAAUCUCUGCUCUCGUGCUUUCACUACGCCUGCUCCGGGUCAUUUCCUCUCACGAUACCGGAGAAUGAGCUGAAGAAAGGAAACCACAACAUGACCAGCGACCAGAUUGAGUACAUGGCCUUUGUGCAGCAAGAGCUUGCCCGUGAAGGUUCCAAGCAUGCCAACUGGAAGAGUCUGGACAUGUACAAGGACGAUGAAUACUGGACCCACCAGCUACUGUGCAAGGAUUGGAAGGGAGACGCGCCUUACACAGCAGGACCAAUCGAUGACUUUACCGAGGAUGAUUUUCUUUCUUCUUCUACUACGUGAUCGCGCUGCUUCAGGGGCGUUUUCGGGACAGUUAUCUGGAUUCAAAGGGCU